AUCUGGCUCAACAUCCCCCUCCUCUGGCAUAUGACGGUGAUGCUAAUGCCAAGAGUAUGACGUUUUUUAUGGCCAUAUUACCUUAGACGAGAGUUUGACGUUUGAUACGGCGAGACCAUUGCUUACGAGAGUUUGACGUUUGGUAUGGCGAUAUCGGUGAUUGUGAGAGUAUGACUUUAUAUAUGGCGACAAUACUAUACAGUAGUUAUAUUGACGAGAAUAUGACGUUUGAAUGGUAGUCGGAAUGUGCAGAAUUGAUACCCGGUGUUCUCCCCGAUGCACCUUCUCGUGAGCUUCGGCCAAAAUACCUGCACUAUUAUAACAGUCCAUACAUUUCAACUUAUAAAUGUGUUGUUUCACUUCACCUGGCACCACAGCAGUCCUCUAACUGAAUCACGCAAUAAUCGUUAAGUUUCGCUGUUUUAUGCGCAUGCUGGAUAUCAUUAUUACAGUUCACUGACAUGUCCCACCUGUAUCUGGCCUAUUAUUUCUGACAAUACAACAUGCAGCCAUUGUAUAAGUCAAAGUUUCCACUCCAGAUGUUACAGGAAAUCAAUAAUGUCAUCAGCGUCGAACUAAUUGUUGCGUCAAUGAUUUUUGUCUAACCGAUCUUAGUGUCUCAUUUGUGAGAUUGAUCAACCUGCACGCCGGCAAUUGAGAUGCGUGCAACCGCUGCAUAUACUCUGAGGAUUUGGUGAUGAAUUAAAACAUUAACUGAUAUCGAUGUGUACCUGUACGGAGAUCAGUUCAGGUAGAUGCCGGGCACGUUCAGAUAUUUGAAAAGGGGCGUUUAAAGGCCGUGUCGUCACUGCCUAGUUACCGUUGGCCCAACUGGCACAGAGUGAGAGCCACCUUGCAGUUUUCACUCAACUGGAUCCACUGAACAGUAACAUCAAGUAUAACGUCUACUGGAACAUCACGCUCUGUAUCUGACACUGGCAUGCUCCAAUGUCGCAGACGUCACUGAACAGUCCAGCUGAAUCCCACUCAGGAAUCAGUGGAGCCUUGAAGAAGAUCAUGGCGGAAGAAGUCGAUGACUUGAAGAAGCCAUUGUUUUGGCGUGCCGUGAUCGCUGAGUUUAUAGGCUGUCUGUUGUUGGUGCUGUUCGGUGUUGGAGCAGGUCUCCAUGUUGAGGGAACACACGGCCAUAGCAGCGUUCAUAACAUUCUCACGGCAGGCUUCUUCAUCGCCGUCAUCAUCUCGGCCCUUGCCAACGUCAGCGGUGCUCACGUCAACCCCGCUCUCAGCCUCGCUUUCGCAGUCACAAGAGAAAUAAGCUUCGCGAGGUUCUUCUUCUACGCUGUGGCCCAGAGCGCGGGGUCGGUGGCAGGGGCGGCGCUCCUCAAGGUCAUCACCCCCGCCAACAUGCACGGCACCCUCGGGCUGCUGCAGCCGGGAAAGUACGUCAGCCCUGAGCAGGCGCUCCUGGUGGAGGUCAUCAUCAGCUUCUUCCUGGUCUUCGUCAUCUUCUCCCUCAUCGACAAGGGCAGGAAGGAUCUUGGUGGGUCCAUUCCAUUCAUCAUCGGCCUCUCCGUCAGCGUCAACAUCUUCUUCUCCGGCCACAUCUCCGGUGGGUGCAUCAAUCCUAUCAGGAACUUCGGCCCGGCUGUGAUAUUAGGAGACUUCAAAAACCAGUGGAUCUACUGGGUGGGGCCGAUGAUCGGCUCUGUGCUCGGAGGGUUGGUGUACGACAAGGUGUUUUCCGUAGCUGCCGAGAAGCAUGGACUACUGAGAUGUGUUCAGAGCCGCCCUUAUGAAGCCGUCAGCAUGGACGAAGGACACACCACAGAGAAGGAAAUAGAAGUGCGGACAGGAAGUGUGUCCUCGAAUGAACUCCCGAAGAAGCAACCUUAUUCUGAAUCCAUCGAGAGAAUAGCUUCAGUGUAGGGUCGUGACAAAGACAUGACGAUAAAUACUCGCUUGUACAUAGUGACUUUGCCUUGAAGCACACCACUGUCGUCUGCCUAUAACCCAGCUCCAUGAUUCAUGGACUUACUGCCACAGCAAUACUGUUGGCUGCACGCAACAGUGAGGUGUGCGCAUAAUAUACAUAUGAGACUCAGUAUAUUUGGCGGCCAUGUGUUUUCUUCGAUACCCGGCAUUACAUAACCAGCUUUCAACACACACAGCGUUACUUUGGAACAUAUAAAAUCACUGCUAGCCAAUGCUGUGACACAUCCUCAGUCCGUAUGUCGGAGCUGGCUAUGUGACUAGUCAGUGCUACACCGUCUGGGGAUGUGAUGGUUGUCCUCGGACUGAGGGAAGGAGUGCUGGAAUAUCUACUCUGUAGGGUCAAGUAAAUAUACAGGAGCCGUUGGCCACUCCAUUAACUACAUCGGGGAUUCGUUUGCAUACUAUUUUUAUUCACCGGAGAUACGUACAUGCUGAUGAUGUUUUCCCUUCCACUGCUGUUUGAUGACUGAGUCAUCAUCCACUUUUUUCCAUGUUGCCGAGGCAGGGGAGAUAAUCUAUAUUGUGUACUCAGAAUGAGCACAAGCUCAGGAGUGAAGGCUUGACGCCCAAUCAGUAUUCAGGUGUGUCAGCGUAUGUUAUCGGGAAGCAACACCCAAAGAAAUGUAUGUCAUGGGGAUUAAACCUUGAAACAAAGAGCAAUACUAAUAAAAUAAUCAGGGUAUCAUCUGAGAUUCAUACCCACGAUCCGCACUGAGUGGUCACUGAAUUAUCAAAGACUGCUACAGAUCACUGUGUCUUGAGGAAGUGUAUUUCUUUCUCGUAUUUCUACCCUUAAACAAGAUAUUUUUGUAAUUUUUCAUGUAAUAAACUAUUUUCUUACUUAA